GCCUGUUUACAGGUUUGUUGAGGGCAGAAAAAGUAAGGGGUAAUUUGGUUCUUUUGGACUAGUUUUUUUUUAAAUGUUGGAUUUACUAUUUCAUUUGUUAAUAGUCUUUAUUUUUAUAUGUCAGGUUUGGCUGGAGAACGGUGAAUUUCCAAGAGUGUUAAUUUCCCAGGCAUCUGCAUUAAGGCUGCACUCUACUCCAAUAUGGUUGGAUUUAAACCGGCAGAUGUCCCUCCAACAAAUUGUAUAAAAGUUGUCGGUGCUGGUACCGCAGCCUGUGUAGCUGAUCUUGUUACAUUCCCUCUUGAUACUACCAAAGUGAGAUUGCAGAUUCAAGGGGAAUCCAAAUCUGUCAACAGUGUGACUUCUCCAAAGUAUAAAGGUGUCUUUGGUACCAUGGUUACAAUUGUGAAGACUGAAGGAGCGAAAAGUCUCUACAAUGGCUUGGUGGCUGGUCUUCAACGUCAGAUGAGCUUCGCAUCAGUGCGUAUUGGGCUUUAUGAUUCUGUCAAACAGUUCUACACCAAUGGAUCUGACACCAUUACCAUUGGUAGUCGUUUGCUUGCUGGAUGUACAACUGGAGGUAUGGCAGUCAUCAUGGCACAGCCAACAGAUGUGGUGAAAGUAAGGUUUCAAGCACAAUUAAACCUAACUGGUGUGAAUAAGAGAUACAGUGGGACUAUCGAUGCCUACAGAAAAAUUGCUAAGGAGGAAGGACUUUCAGGAUUAUGGAAAGGUACUUUGCCAAAUAUUGUUCGCAAUUCUGUCGUCAACUGUUCAGAACUGGUGACUUAUGAUCUGAUCAAGGAUGCACUUAUAAAGUAUAACCUUAUGACUGAUAACCUUCCAUGUCACUUUUGUGCUGCUUUUGGUGCUGGAUUCUGCACAACCAUUAUAGCUUCACCUGUCGAUGUUGUGAAGACAAGAUACAUGAACUCUGCCCCUGGCCAAUACAAAAGUGCCUUGAACUGUUCCUUUAUCAUGCUGACUGAGGAGGGUUUCACAGCUUUCUAUAAAGGGUUUAUGCCGUCCUUCCUGCGCCUGGGGUCGUGGAAUGUGGUGAUGUUUGUCACUUAUGAGCAGUUGAAACGUGCCAUGAUGCUGGUCAAGCAGUCCUGGGAAUCUUCCUAAUAUUCUAUAUUUUAUAUUUGUAAAUCAUUUAAAGUUUAUCAUGUUUUAUAUCAAAGGGCAUGGAUUUCUUAAGCAUUCUGUUCUAAAGGAUGAUAAUAUGUGCAUAUCGCUGGUCGAUUUUGUAAUGCACCAAAUCUUGUUGCUGGCUUUAUUUCUUAAAUUGAGGUAGUUUUGUGAAUAUAUAUUUUUAUAAGGUAAAUAAAGGUCUUUUCUAAUUUCACGUUCUGUUUUGGAACACCAGCAAACUAAUGCUAUCCUUUUCCUUCACACCUCCACUUCCUAUAUAACAAAUGAUUGGAUUGUUAAGUUAAACUAACACAAUGCAAUAUUGAGGGGUCAUCUGCACAGUGUACUCUUCUGCACUUUAUCCAUUUUGACCAUGGGGAUUAAUUUUUACAAAGCUUGAUAUAAAGACCAUGUUGCUAAGCAGGGUUUGUUCAACAUUUAAAACAUUUUUUUGUUUUUGGUGUUGGUGUGCUUCAAAAGAAAAUUCUAACUGGUCUUUAAUUUAGUUGCUACUUCAAGUGAAAGUGAAAGCACAUGUUGUAGAGAUAUGAGGGAGGUUUUUUCUUGGUAAAAAUGUCAUAGCUUUUAAAAACCUCCCUGCUGUAAUGUGGUAUGCCUAUCUUUACUCCCUUUUUAAAUUUGCAUAAAUUCAGAUUCUUAAGUUUUUUUUUCACUCAGGUUGUUUUGUUUAAUUUAAAUGCAAUUCUCACCAUUGUAGUAAAGUGAGGAUUUACAUUUACAUAGCACCUUUUUAUGCCCACUGGACAGACAGGCAAUAAACUAUUUUUGAAGUGC